AACAGAUCGCGUGCGCUUCUCCUGCUCGCCGUUUCUCCGCCGUCUGCUCUGCGCCUGUGGAUUCGGACCUCCGGAUCUUCAUGACUUGCGGACAAAAUGGCCGUUUUGUAGCCGGGGAACCCUCUUGUCGUCCCGCAUGUUCAGGACCAAACGAUCGGGGCUCGUCCGGCGACUCUGGAGGAGCCGCGCGCCCGUGGAGGGUGAGGGGGACGCGGACACUGGUACGCGCGGCGGCACCGCAGGCUGCUGCCUGGCCAGUAAGCCGAACCCCGGCACCGAGGCCGAACUAAAAGCGCUGACAUACUCGAUCCUGAAGAAGAUCAAGGAGAAGCAGCUGGAGGUGCUUUUACAGGCGGUUGAAUCCCGGGGGGGAGCGCGGAGCCCCUGCCUCCUCCUGCCCGGGAAAGCGGACGCCAGGCUGGGUCAACAGUCGUACCCGCUGCCGUUGCUGCUCUACAAGGUGUUUCGGUGGCCGGACCUCCGGCACUCCUCGGAAUUAAAGAGACUUUCGUGCUGUGAAUCUUAUGGGAAAAUCAACCCGGAGCUCGUGUGCUGCAACCCGCAUCAUAUGAGCAGACUCUGCGAGCUCGAAUCCCCCCCACCCCCGUACUCAAGAUAUCCCACCGAUUUUCUUAAACCACCUGAUUCUCCAGGUUCUGUGCCUGCUUCCACUGAAACUGGAGGAACGGCAUAUUCAGCCCCUAUGGGGUUUUCAGAUUCGCUGGCUCUUCAGGAGCGUGGAGAACAGCCUCACUGGUGUGUGGUGGCGUACUGGGAGGAAAAGACACGCGUCGGGCGCCUCUACUCCGUCCAGGAGCCUUCUCUGGACAUCUUCUACGACCUACCUCAGGGCACGGGCUUCUGCUUGGGCCAGCUCGCCUCCGAAAACAAGAGUCAACUGGUGCAAAUGGUUCGGGCCAAAAUCGGCUACGGCAUCCAGCUGAGCCGCGAAGCCGACGGCGUUUGGGUUUAUAACCGGAGUUGCUACCCUAUCUUCAUCAAGUCAGCCACACUGGACAAUCCCGACUCGCGGACGCUGCUGGUGCAUAAAGUGUUUCCCGGGUUUUCCAUCAAAGCCUUCGACUUUGAGAAGGCGGGAAGCUUGCAACGACCCAACGACCACGAGUUCAGCCAGCAGCCGCGGACGGGUUUUACCGUGCAGAUCAGUUUCGUGAAGGGCUGGGGUCAGUGUUACACCAGACAGUUCAUCAGCAGCUGCCCCUGCUGGUUAGAGGUCAUAUUUAAUAACCGAUAACAGCAGGCCACGCCCCCCAUUCCUUCAGCACCGUUGCGGCAGACUUCCCCUUACCUUUUAUGGACUACGCCGUUUGUUCUCCAGAGGAUGUUUCACGCGGGAAACAAACAACAGACUUUAAAUGACUAAGAUUUAAGUGAAAUAAAAAGCUAAAAGUGUAUUUUAUGUUAAAUAUAAAUAUAUUAUUACCUGUAAAUACGAAGUUUUAUAUGCAUUGUUAUUUAUGUAUUGUGCAAUGUGUUGAUGAGAAGAGAAAAAAAGAGAUGCACUUUGCUUAAUAUAAAUGCAAACGAAGAAAUGCCAAAAUAAAAGAAAAAAUACUGAA